AUGGUCAAAUUAGAACGCGUCUACUUAAUGAAUGUGAUUUUAUACCUUGACAGUCUGAACACAUUAAGAGUAUUUCUCUUAAUAUCAAAAGACUGUAACACUGCUUUUACAAUGCUCAGAAUUAAUCCUUUUUAUUCACACAAAACACUUGAACAAGAAUUAAAAUUGUUUUCCCAUACAAAACAUGAGACACUUUGCUCCAUUUAUCUUCGAAACACCUCUUAUUUUAACAUAGCAGAUCUCCUCGAGUUGACAAUUAACAUUUCCAUGUUUCAUAGUUUACUUUCUCAAAAAGAUCUUCUUCCUAAAAUCGUUUCACUCAAAGUCAUUUUUUCUUCAAGUCAAAAUGAUGUCAGUGCGAGUCGCUGCGAACACUUUGAUAUCGCCAAAUUUCCAAAUUUGAAGCACCUCAAAAUAUACACCGAAGCCACACAGAAUAAGUGGACUAUUAAUGGGUGGGUAUUCGUCUGUGACUUCACCUUUAUCGAUUUUUCGAAUUUUGAAAAAUCGAAACUUGAGACAUUUCACAUGUUCUGUGAUGAUCCAAAUCGCUUUGAUUUCACCAAAAAUGGGCCACAAGUCAGAGACACUGGUAUUCUUUUGCUCCACAAAUUUUGUUCCAAAUUUUCAGUGUUAGAAAACAUCAAAUUUUACUUUGUGACUGACCUUCCAGACGACAUAGAAACGCUUGAUUUGAAAUAUAAAAACGUCAUAUUUUUGACUACAAAGUUCAUGCAACACAAAGAAGACGACUUUGAAAUUAAAGAAGAUUUAACAAAGGAAAAGAUGAUAUACACAUAUAGCUGUUUAAAACGUCCAGGACAUGUUGAAGAGGUACUCAAAAACCAUGAAAAGUAUUAUUUGAUGGAAUUGAAUUUGAAAGAACCAAACAUUGGAGGAGACAUUGACUUGACUCAAGUAACUAGUCUAACAGCACUCACCGUCUUCCAACCAUGUAAUUCAGUCAAUUUAAAAAUGCCAAGCACUGUAGAGAAACUCGAAAUGAAAGUCAAAAAUGAAUGUGUUUCUAAAGCCAAUUUGGAGGGUAUAAAAUACUUGGACGUCCGCGGUAAUUUAGUAGACCAAUUACCACAAAAAUUGGAAUUUUUAAAGACGGAAAGUUUAAGAAAUUGGAGUGAUUGUAUCUACUUGAAAGAAAUUGUGUUGAGUGAUUUCAGAAAUGGCACCAUCGGUUCAUAUUGUGAAAUCGAUUUGCCAAUGUGCACAACUAAACUUGUCAUCGAGAAGACGUCAGAAAAGUAUUUUGAUUUGUCAAAGUGUCAACUUGAACUGCUUGAAAUUGUUGAUUCAAAUGUCGAUACAAUCAGAGCACCUAAAAGUCUAAAAAGAGUCGUGUCAGAUAACAAAAUUAAAGAAAUCAUUGGAUUUAAUGGAAUGGUCGAAACGUUUAAUAAAAUUGUUGAGCCACUUGUGGACGAAAAUUGCCAAGAAGUGGAAGAUUUUGAACUACAGAAACAACAACAUGAAAAAUGUGUGUUGCAAUAA